AGGCUGUACUACCCUAACAAACCCAUACGGCUGUGGAAACCAGGACGAGGGGGGAAGAGAGGCCGAAAUAUCAUCUAGGAAACCAGACCGAGACUGUUAUCGCGAGCAUUUUAAAGAGACCCGACACCGGGAAAGUUGGUUUUAAGUGCUGCUGAUGCUGCGUUUCUUUCCGGGAAGCAGUCUGGAGCCGUGUGGCAGUGUUACAUGGUAGCAAAGCAGUGGCAGAAGUCGACUCUCUCUUGCCUUUGAUACCGGCUUUAUCAUGCUGAAAAUGAACCGGCAGGCUAAUCGUUAAGCCAUCACCAGUCUGCUGCUGACAGUGUGCAGUUGUUGGCAUCACCCAGUCAUCCACACCGACUCUCCCUUUCAGUUUCUGCUCAGCAUCCAUAUUUGCAUCCCAGGGAGUGGCAACCACUAACCCCCUUUUCCUGGCAGGGAAAUUGAAAGUUUGCUGGCUCCUGGACGCCCCGCCGACGCUUUAAUUUCACAAAAGAAGCUGACCAUGGAGAGAGACAGCCACCAUUCCCACGUCUAGUGCCUGAUCCACAAGCCUUCAACACCCGGGGAGAGGUUCCCAGCUCCUGGCCGGCUCCCUGCUACUGUAGAAUGAACAUGCUGAAGUCCAGUGGACUGAAAAUCCCUGGCCGGGGGCCCAAGCAUUCCAGCCCAGUGGGAAGGACCUCGGCGGGGGGAACUUCCAGCCCCGUUGUCCCUAAAGACAACUCUCCUCUCAAGCCCACUACGCCUACUAAAAUCUCCGAAGUGGGCGAUGAAGUUUUAGGGGAUUACACAGUGGGUGAACAGGUGUGGGUCAACGGCGUCAAACCAGGAGUCAUCGCCUACCUAGGGGAGACCCAGUUUGCCCCGGGACAGUGGGCGGGGGUGGUACUGAAUGACCCAGUUGGCAAAAACGAUGGCUCCGUGGGUGGCGUACGGUACUUUGAGUGCCAGCCGCUCCAAGGCAUCUUCACACGGCCCUCAAAGCUCACCCGCCAGCUGGUCGGCGAGGGAAGCGACAGCCACUCCACCGAUUCGCUCACGGCACAGCACGGCAGCGGCGGUGCCCCCCCUGGCCAGCGGGUGGUAGUGCCGCUCAGAGAAGGCCUACUCAACAGCGCGGUGAAGACGGGCAACGAGUCCGGGUCCAACAUGUCGGACAGUGGUUCGGUCAAGAAAGGUGGGGAUAAGGACCUACGAGUUGGAGACCGUGUCUUGGUGGGAGGCACCAAGAUGGGAGUGGUUCGCUACAUGGGGGAGACUGACUUUGCCAAGGGUGAAUGGUGUGGCGUCGAGCUGGAUGAACCUCUGGGGAAGAACGAUGGUGCAGUAGCUGGUACAAGAUACUUUCAGUGUCUUCCCAAGUUCGGCCUGUUUGCCCCGAUCCACAAGGUGAUCCGGAUCGGCUUCCCCUCCACCAGCCCGGCCAAGGCGAAGAAGAGCAAGCGCAUGGCGAUGGGAGUUUCCUCGCUCGCCCACAGUCCCAGCAGCUCCUCCAUCAGCUCAGUGAGCUCUGUGGCCUCCUCUGUGGGCGGGAGACCUAGCCGAGCUGGACUGCUAACAGAGACGUCAUCGCGCUAUGCCCGUAAGAUCUCGGGCACCACCGCUCUGCAGGAAGCGCUGAAGGAGAAGCAGCAGCACAUCGAGCAGCUGUUAGCCGAGAGGGACCUGGAGCGCGCCGAGGUGGCCAAGGCGACCAGCCACAUCUGCGAGGUGGAGAAGGAGCUCACCACCCUCAAGGCCCAGCACUUACAGUAUGUAUCGGAGAAUGAGAACACCCUCCAGCAAGUCAAAACUGUGCUGGCCAACACACAGAAAGACAAGGUGGAACUGGCCAAUCAGCUCGAAGAAGAGAAAAGGAAGGUGGAGGACCUCCAGUUCAGAGUGGAGGAGGAAUCCAUCACCAAAGGAGACCUGGAGACUCAGACGAAAUUGGAACAUGCCCAUAUUCGUCAGCUUGAGCAGAGUCUGCUCCUCGAAAAGUCGAGAGCAGAGGCGCUUCAGAAAGAAUUAGAGAAGAAGAGGCAAACCACAGUGGAAGAGCAGAGUCGCAUCAUGCAGCUGGAGGAGGAGCUGAGGCUCAGGCGAGCCGAGAUCGACACCCUUCAGGCUCAGCUCCGAGGUCCCGACCACAACUCGCAGCAAGCCAGCGACGGCGAUGCUGCUCCUGAGUCGGGCCCCCAGCAGGAGACCCUCCUCCUCCGAGAGCAGCUGCUGACAGCCGGCCGCGAGCACUACAAGGAGAGCAGCGAGCUGAAGGAGAAGUACGAGGCGGCCCUAGCGACAAGUCAGCAGGAGGUGGACUCGCUCAAGACUGUGGUGGAGAAACAGAGCCAGGAGAUCAGUGAGCUGAAGCAGAAAGUCCAACAGGCCACCAAAGAGAACAUGGAGAUGAUGGACACCUGGAAGGCUAAAUUGGACACUUUAGUCAGCGACCACCAGCGUUCCUUGGAAGAACUGAAAGCCUCACUGAGUGGUGACCGAGCCGCUCCAGCAGGCCAGGAGCAGGACCCCCAGGAGCUGAGAACCAUCCUGGAGAGCCUGAAGAUGGAGCACCAGCUGGAGGUGGAGAACCUGAAGGCCAAACACAAGAUCGAGGCAGCUAUUCUGACCAAGGAACGCGAGGACCUGUGCACUCGCCUUCAGGAGGCCAAAGACCAACUGGCCGAGGGCAGCCAGACCUGGAGGGGCCAGGCCGAAGCGAAAAGCUGCAAACAGGCCCUGGAGCUGCAGGAGACCACCGAGAAGCUGCAGAAAGCAGAGCAGAGGUUGGCGGAGUCGGAGAAGCUUCAGGUGGAGCAGGACAAAGCCAUGGAGGAGCUGAGAGAGAGGCUGCAACUUUCCGAGAAGAAGAUGACAGACUACCAGGCUCUGCAGAAAGCCCAGGCAGAGAGCAGAGAGGAGAUCCAGAACCUGGAGGAGAAGCUGAGGGUGACAACAAACCGGCUCCAGGCCAUCCAGGCAGACCGCUACACAUCCCAUGAUGCAAAUGUGAUAGAAGACAAUGAAAUUUCAGAUGAAAAGAUGAAGCUAAAACAGAAUAUUGAAGAGACAAUGGAGAAGCUGUUGAAAAGGGAAAAAGAGGUCUCUACUCUCACGGCACAGGUGGACGCCCUCAAAUCACAGAUCACUGCGUUGGAGGGUAAAGUUCGCUCAGGGGAAAAGAAAGCAGAAAGCCUCACCAAGGAGAAGAUGCGUGUGGAGGCAGAUCUGGAAUCCAUGACCAGGAAGUCCCAUGAUGCCUCUGGGCAGCUGGUCAUCAUCAGUCAGGAACUGCUGAAGAAAGAACGGAGUCUGAAUGAGCUGAGGGUGUUGCUCCUGGAUUCCCAUCGCCAUUCGCGGGACAUGGAGCGGGACCUGGGCCGAGAGGUGCACAAAGCCGAGUGGAGGAUCAAGGAGCAGAAACUCCAGGAUGACAUCAAAACCCUGCGAGAAAAACUGCUGCUGCUGGGUCGGGAGCGGUCUUCCCCAGACCACCGGCGGUACUCCAUGCUGGACCCGUCAGCCCUGGACUCGGAGGUGAACCGGCUGCGCCAGCGGCUGCUCAGCACCGAGGAUGCCCUGAGGAACGCACUGGAACACAACCAACAAGUCGACCAGCUGGUCGAGGCCAUGCGCAAACAUCCGGAUAAAAGCCCGGUGCAUGGUGCAAAUUCAGCCAAUGGAAUUCAUCAGCAGGAGUCAGACAGUACUCAAGAUGAACAACACUGAUACGGGAAGAAGAGAGAAGCUUAAACUAGGACAGGCAGAGGUACAUCUUAAAAGGAAAAGCCAGUAUAACAUUCCGGCUAAUGCUGCGAUGGACUCCUGAAGAAAUUUUCAGUUUACAGUUAAUACCAAAACGACGAUUCUCUAUCUCAAGUGAAUUUAUGUGUUGCAGAAAACACCUAUUAGCCAAUCAUAAAGACAGCUCAAAGUACUAUAAAAUACAGACUGAGACUGGGACAUCAAGGUGAAGAGUUAUUAUCGGUACAACCAUUGAGAACAUAUGGCAACUUCUGACGCUUUACGAUAGUUAGAGAGCUUGAACCGACAGUUGCCGGGAACUUAUUGACAAUUCUGAAUAUUGACCCAGAGAUCAAAACGACCGGUGGACGACUACACGAAGAACUGAAGAAUUGGGUCUCAGUUGCCUCGUUUGUUUUAUUUAUUGCUUUUACUUUGCUACUCUGCUUUGUAAUAAUCCUCCUCUUUAGGUGAGCUGUCUUGGCCAGUGAAGUUAAGAGCAACUCUUAAAGGACGACACUGGCUUUUUGGGGCAGGUUUGGCCCACUGGUCACCUGACCAAAUAUGUGACAAGAAUAUUGGCACCCAAACGAUCUCUGUCUUCAGUAGAUAGUUGUGUCCAGUGUGCUUGCUGACGUCUAGCUUAAAGUUUGUUAAGCAAUUGCAUGCGAGAAGCAUUAUCCAAAGUAUAACAGUAAUCCAAACUUGGCCCCAGGUAGGCUGUAGAUCUAAGAUCGGAACCAGCUGAACGUCAGAAAAAGCAGAAAAAGCCUACACGUAAUUCUGAUGUAGGCAUUUCAUCAGAGUUUUACUAUGGAGACACGACUUUAAAAUGACCCCCAGACUACAUCAAGAGAACGGAGGUUCUCAGCUCAACACAGUAACGAUGAGAAAACUACAUAGGGGCGACAUCGAUAUGAUCCAGUCAUCAGUUAAACAUCUGGCAGUCCUGAGUCUUCAUCAUUAUUGAAGUCAGAUAACAACAGUGCUAAAAACAUUAGCCGUUGAGCUCAAAGUGUCAUGGAGAAAAGGGGCUUUUGUACAGUUUUAUGUCUCUUUUACCAAACCUUUAAACAAGCCCGACUUAAAAAUAACAAACCAUCUGGUUGUGGAGCUGCUACAAGUUUUUAUUUGUUUUUUAGGGUAGUGCCAGCUGCCAACAAUCACCCAACACACAUUAUGAUGAAGUGUUAGCAUGCAAACCAGACAAAAUCAGAACAGGCAGGGCUGCGCUUGCCGGACCGCGUCCCUAUCAAUGUUCAUUUGUCACCAGUAAGACAGUAAGUGACGUUCAGCUUUCUUUAUCUAAAGGUGACACAGAUGAUUUCGGUGCCAAUCCUCUCGUGACAUAUUAGGCGAGGGUGCCUAUCGUCCAAACUCUCGAAAAGUCAGAGCAAUCCUUUAAGCCACUCCAUAUCAUUGGACUAAGACUAAUUAUUGAUAUUAAUGAAACCGGGAGGCCUACUGAAUUCAGCUGAGACUGAUGUUGUGUCUGUAGAAUGAAUAUAGUGAAUUAUUCCAGACUUAUGUAUUCUCUUAAACUCAGUCAGUCCAACUCUGUACCAUUGCACCUCUUAUCCUACCAGUAAUGAUCAAUUAUUUUAUUUACUGUGGACUGUGUAUCCGAUCAAAAAGACUCAUCCACACGCUAGUAUUAACCAUGUAUGGUACGUCUUAGCAGCCCUGUUUGAUGCUGAAAGCAGCUGCAUCAAAAUGUUCUUGGAUGACUUUGACCUUUUCUGAUGUAGGGCUACUUAAGGGCUGUUACAGGAGCUAAACCCAAACAAUGGAUGUUCCACUCCUCCUUCCCGCGGGCUGACAACAUCUGGAUUUCAUUUGCAAAUAGGUUAUGAAAUCAUACAGAAUUUAUACCGUAAGUCUUCCAAAUAUUGUUUUAUCCAUUUAUCAGCUGAACUAGGAAACUCUAACUGUAGUCGGUAGGUUACUGUUGCUUUAGGGGAGACAUUACACAGAGGUGAGUGGUAUGGAAGUAUAGCUUGGAGUGAUGUUACUGGAGCAAAAAGUGUAGGGCAGGCCCUGGUGAGCUAAGAUAAACCCUAAAUUUUCCAUUGGAUAUCGUACAUGGCCUUUUCAGCUGGAGGAUUCAUACCCUUUGGAUUAUUGCUGCAAUGAUUUCAGAGAUUGAGUCAUUAAAUAUUAACAAUGUG